UUUACUCAAUCAUAUUUUAGUCGAUAAAUCAUUAAAAUGAGAUAUAUUGUUUUACUUUUAUAUGGUUUUGUGUACGCGAAUGGAUCUAUAGACUACUGCGGGUCGAAAAUGUGCGGGUACACAGAUGACCAUACACUCUGCCAGUAUCCACCAGGUCCCGGUCCGUCGUGUUUCGGUUACAUCCCAGCGCCAUUAUCGGGCGACGACAAGGCGCGCGUGCUGGCCAGACUCAACAGGCGACGCGCGGACGCCGCCAGCGGGCUAGCUGGGUUCCCGCCAGCCGGGGAUAUGAUUAAAUUGCGGUGGGUAGAGGAGCUGGAGCGAGAAGCCCAGCUCUGGGCCGACCAGUGUCGACCGCCGUCAAGCAUAGAAGAGCGUGACUCAUGCCGUGAUCUUUAUUCAAUAUCAGUGGGUCAAUCUGUGGCGUCGGUGGUGGGCGAAGCGCCAGGCCUCCGCCCCGAGACGAUGGUCGACAUGUGGUUCAUGCAGAACAAACACUACCACGGCAAUGCCACUGAAUAUGUAGCCCCGGUGAGUCCGCACCCGUACUACGGUGACUUCGCGCAACUGGUCUGGGCCGAGACGUUCAUGGUUGGCUGUGGACGAAGCAGAUUCAUGACAACAAAGGGCAACCGUCAUCGCAGCGUGGAGCGACUGGUGUGUAACUUUGCGCCACGCGGGCCGGUACAGUCGCGACCGCUGUGGACCAUCAACCAACCGGCUGGCGACUGUCCCCAUAGAGCACUGCCUGAUCCGGACUACAUCGGACUCUGUUCCUACCAACUUGAUCAAUCUGAAUUUUACUCUGAAAACAUGGAUGCCGAAGAAAUAGCAAAAAACGUAUUGCUCGAUGUAAUUAUGCAGCUAGAAAGUUACAAUAUUGUGAAUAACAUCGGAACUUUAGAUGAGAUGUACUUAACUAAACUAGCGGCCGUCACACAUGAAGAUUCAGUAGCUACUGAAGCAUACGCUUCUAUGAAGAAAAGAAACAUUGUUGUGCAAGCACCAGAUACCAAUAAUAUUGUUAGAAGUUACAUGCACACGACUGAAAGAAAUGAGCCUGAGUUCCUUGGCCGCCCGAAAUCAUAUGAUGUCGAAAAACUAAAUAAUGUCACGCUUGCAGCAAAAAUUGAUACUAAUGGCGCAGAUAUUAUUAACAAUGAAAUAGAAAACGGUCAUGAUAUCAGUGAUUUAUCUGAAAAGCUAGAUGAAAAUUCGAAGACAACGAUAUCACAAAAUAGAGUUACUAAUGGAACAACUACACCGAAUUUUUCUUCAUUAAUCCUAAAUGAUAACAACGAAGUGGGAAAUUAUUCAGAAUUGUUAGCAUUAUUAUCCGAAGAACUAUUCAAUUUUACGGAAGCUGAAUUGUACAAUUUGAGUGUCGCUGAUGAAAAAACUAUUGAUCAUUUUUUAUCAAAUCCGGAGAUGGCUCGGGAUCUACAAGCAGCUUUGCAGCGGAUGGAAGAGAAAUUAGCGAAAAAAUCAGACAACGAUAAAAUGCGUCGCGAUAUACGUCGUAUGGAGGAGGAAGUCAACCCGAAAUUGUUGAAGGAGAUUGAACGAAACAAAACCAUAGAAAGAGGACCCGUGAUGAAUAUGGUGUUGAAAUAUGUGCCGUAUCUGAAAUCGUACGAGGAAACGCUUAUGGGUACUAACAAAGGAUUUUCAGUACAUUAUGUUGCCCUUGGAAUACAAAGGAUGGACGAAGCAUCUGGGUCAACGGAAGCGUCACGGUCGUGGUUCCGAAAGUCCGAUGACGUGAAAAUAGAGAUCGGCUUCGGCGUGCCGCUGGGCGCCAUGUCGGCUCACCCUGUGUUCCACUCCGCCUGGGAUAUAGGAUGUCCAAAUUCAGGGUUCCACCAUAUGGCAAGAAUGAUGGAUCGAAUGAUGGCAGAGAGCCUUCAACCAUUCGGUUACGCCAGAAUGUCAACAACAAGAGACGAAAACAAGAGACCCAAUAAAGAAAAUCCACCGAGAGAUGGAGUAAGAACUUCUAGAAGUGACACUAGAAAGGUAGCGCCAAAAAAUCCAAAUACCCAUGUUGCUAACGGGACAAGACAUCUUCCAACUCAAGUUGUCAGACCUACGCCAGUAAAUAAUUUCCAAGAGAAAUCUGGUGAUAGUUCUAAACCAGCAGAUCCGACUACAGAGAAAUGGGCGGGGACUCUGAGAAGACGUGAUCCAGAGUUACAGCCUACACUCCCGUCAAUCGUUUCCAGGAAAACUUCGUCAUCGACGUCACUAGGUAGCGCCAGAAAAACUAGAUCUGUCGACAGAGUACCGAGACGUCGUUUGGUGCCUUUGAAGCAAAUGUUACGUAAAGGAGACUUAUCGGGAGAAGGGGAUGUUGCAUUAUUAGAGAAGGAUGAAAGAGUUUUCGAUCCCUCUGGCUAUGAAUUGCAUCUGGUUGAAACUCUUGAGAGGGAUAUACUUCAGAAGAAUCCAGACGUUCGCUGGAGGGAUGUUGUCGGUUUAGACGAGGCUAAAGCUGUAUUGCAAGAAGCGAUGGUGCUGCCUAUCGUUAUGCCAGACUACUUCAAGGGCAUUCGUAGACCCUGGAAAGGCAUUCUCCUGACUGGCCCCCCCGGUACCGGCAAGACGUUGCUGGCUCGAGCGGUCGCGACGGAGUGCCGCACCACCUUCUUCAACGUCUCCUCCGCAACACUCACCUCCAAGUAUCGCGGUGACUCCGAAAAGCUCGUGAGGCUGCUCUUUGAUAUGGCUGCCUUCUACUCUCCCAGCACUAUAUUCAUAGACGAAGUGGACUCUCUGUGCGCCAUGAGAGGAGCGGACUCGGAGCACGAAGCGUCGCGCCGGUUCAAAGCAGAACUAUUGAUACAGAUGGAUGGACUAGCAGCAGCUUUCAAUGAAGAAAAAGUCAUCAUGGUGUUGGCGGCCACCAACCAUCCUUGGGAUAUUGAUGAAGCCUUCAGAAGGAGGUUUGAGAAAAGGGUGCAUGUCGGUCUGCCUGAUGAGGAAUCAAGAGCCAAGCUGCUGCGUCUCUGCCUGCGAGAGGUGGUUCUGGCUGAAGACGUCAAUCUCAAAGAGAUGGCCACGAAACUGGAGGGAUAUAGCGGCUCCGAUAUCAGCAAUCUUUGCAGGGAUGCAGCAAUGAUGACAAUGAGAAGAAAGGUAGCCGGAAAAAGUCCGGACCAAAUCAGACGCCUCAAGCGUUCUGAACUUGAGGCACCGGUGUCCAAGGAAGAUCUUCUAGCGGCCAUGGAGAAGACCAAACGCACAGUGACGUCAGCUGACCAGGCCAAAUACACAACCUGGAUACAGAAGCACGGCUGCUCCUAGCAUAGGGCCAAAGCGCUGCGUGCGCUGCUCCAGCGACUGAAAUGCUCGUGAAUAAAAAAAUGAAAAUUCAAAAA